UUAUGACGUUUCGUUUUUCGCUGAACGUAGUGUCGGAGUACCGUGUUUAUUUGCUGAAAACGUCGUGAAAACUUGUUAAUAUGGCUGCUGAAAUAAAACCUGCACCUCGGACGCCAAACGAUAGAUUUUCUACAACGAAGAAACCGGCCCUUCUAAGCAAAUUGGAGGGCUGCACUGACGAUGUGAAUGCUGCAGUGGUGAUACCUGGAGAGGAUGGUGUAAUUAGCGUUUGCGAUGAUAAGACAGUCCGAGUAUGGCUAAAGCGUGAUUCUGGACAGUACUGGCCCAGCAUCUGCCAGUACAUGCCGUCUGGCUGCACAUCAAUGUUCUACACACCGGAGACGAGACAGUUGUUUAUAGGGCAAGAGAAUGGCACCGUAUCAGAGUUCACUCUUGCUACAGACUGUAAUAGGAUAAACCCUACGCGUGAAUACCUGGCGCACACCGCGCGGGUGACGGCGGUGGUGUUCUCCCUGAGCUGUGAGUGGGUGCUGUCCGUCAGUAGGGACAAACUGUUCGCGUACCACUGCAGCGAGACGGGACGCAGGAUCGGCGACUACUCGUUCGAAGCGUGGUGCACCGCUUUACAAUAUGAUUCUCAGUCGAAAUACGCGUUCGUUGGCGAUUACAGCGGGCAGAUAACGAUGCUCAAGCUGGAUAACAACGGCGCGACGCUAGUCACCACGCUCAAAGGGCACACCGGAUCUGUCAGAGUGUUGAACUGGGCCCCGCUGCCGCAGUUAUUAUUCAGCGGGUCGUUUGAUCAGACGAUAAUCGUGUGGGACAUUGGAGGUCAAAAGGGGACCGCAUACGAAUUACAGGGUCACAGUAACAAGGUGACGGGGCUGUGGUACGUGGGCAGCUGCGAGCGGCUGCUGUCGGCGGGCGAGGACGGCGCGCUGGGCGUGUGGGAGAUGGGCGUGCGGCGCCGCGAGACGCCCGCGUGGAAGGAGGCCGACCUGUGCCAGCUCUGCCGCGCGCCCUUCAUCUGGAACGUGCGCGCCAUGAUGGAGAAGAAACAGCUCGGCCUGCGCCAGCACCACUGCCGCUGGUGCGGCGCGGCGGUGUGCGCGGGCUGCUCGCCGCACCGCCUGCCGCUGCCCGUCAUGGGCUUCGAGUUCCCGCAGCGCGUCUGCACCGGCUGCUACGACACGCUCAGGCACGAGCCGCGCGAGUCGCUGGCAUCAUUCCAUGACAUGAAGCACGCGGUCGCGUCUCUGUACAUGGACGAGGCGACGGGCCGCAUGUGCACGGCGGGCAAGGACCGCGUCAUCAAGGUAUGGGACGUGUCGGUGCUGCUGGCCCCCACGCCGCGGGCACACACCAGCGACCAGUAGCGACUUCACCAAGCCUUGUGAUAUCACGCGAACAGUAUAAGAACAAUCGGAGGUUCAUGUUCUAAAAUGUUCCAAAAUGUCUAUGUAUAUAAAUUAAAAGUAUUUGUUUUCUAAAUGCGCUAUAAAUCUUUGUUUGGUAUUGUAUAAAUGUUCUAUUAUAAAAAGUCUAAACUUUAUUUCAAUAUUAAUACAUGAACUAACGAUUUAUUGGAACAUUAUGAUUGGUAUCACAAACGAGAUCUAUGUACGGAAAACUUUAUAAUCAUUGAGAGCGUUAUUAUAAUGUUGUUUCUAAAUAAUUUGUUAUUAAAGGUCCAACGAAUGUUUUUUUUGCGAUUUGUCAGUUUGUCGUUAACUAAGACUGAAUGUCCUUGCAAAAAAAAGAAAUAACCUAUAAAUGUAUUAUCAAGUAGGUGAACUGUAUAAACCAUAAAAAAUAUAAAAAAUAAAUACUUAAUUAUGUAUGUAGAACGAGAUCUCUAAUUAGGAUCUUAAUAUGCUGAUGUAAAAAUAAAAUAGUAAAGAGAUUGUGUAGUAAACAUAAUAUUGUAUCGAGUGGCUUCGGUCAAAAUGCUACUUAUAAUGCCAAUAGUAUACAUUUUUGUCUUUAUUAAAUCACUCUUGUUUUGUUAAGAAUUAAGGCUUUGUUUAGCUCUGAACUGCGGAUGACACUUUGUGACGACGUUGACAGCCAUCUGUCACUUUUGACAACAAACUGUCAAAGUGACUCAUCGUUUCAAAUACUUAAUAUAGUACUUCAUUCGCAGCAAUAGGCUGUAUAAAGGUUUGGACAUACAGCUGUGUAGAGUAAAGGCGGUUAUGACAAGGGCUGUCAGGUUAUACUUCCCUUUGUUUUUUUUAACAGUGACUGGCAUUUCACAGUCCAAAACUGGAGCCCUGGUGGCGACUGACUCACAUUUUAUGUGAUCGCUUUCAUUUUUGUUAUGCGUAUACAAUAUUUUUUACUUGACGGCGCUCGUUGCUACUAUAAGCUCUGCAUAUCUGUGUGACUAAAACUCAAACGCAUGUCUACCCAAUCUCUUUAAUAGUUAUAAAAAAAAAUAUGGAAUUAAAUAUGCUGAAACGCUAUGCAUACUGCAGGUCUCACGACUGAUUCGUAUAGGUUUAACUGUGUUCGCAUGAUUUGUGUAUAAUGGCUGCCGUGUCAAAUAUAUGGGGAUGUGCCUUCAAUAGAUAUUCGUUGGCAACGCACCCUUAGAAUUACGAUGAUGUAAAUGCACCUACCAUCAGACUGGUGGUAGAACAAAAGCUAAGGAAAGUUACCUUAGCUCGCAUAGCUGAGGUAUUUACGAGUGAGUAUUACGUAUUCAUAUUUGUAUGCAGGCUGGUGGUAGGAUAUAUUUUAUAUACGCCCAGAUAGCGACGACCGUACGCAAGAUGAUAAAACCCGCCAAAGUAGCCUACGUAGGUGUGUCGCGUUCCGGGAUCAGCCUGUGUAUAUCCGGCUUCAAGAGGCAUAAUUGUGUCGACUGCCGAGAGAUAAUCAUCUCUCACAGACGAUAUUCUAUUGGAUCCCACUCCACUUACCAUCAGGUGCAGGGAGAUCACUUUCCCGCGCCGGUAUGAAAAAAUACCACAGUGUAAAUUAGUUAUGUACCAUGUUUGUUUUAUAUUUUUCUGAGAUAGGCAAACUAAGUUAAACAAAUGUAGCUUAGCUUUUGGUCUGCAAUCGGCAGUAAUUUGAUAGAAAUGCAUGAAAUAUUUUUUGUAUUUUUUUUUAAUUUUCGCUAUAUAAUUUUCAGAUUUUUUGCAUUUACGACAUUGUAAUUCUAAAGGUGUGAUCUAUUUUGUUAUUGUUUUACGUAUUAUGCGUUGACUAUCACCGUGGCAUUAAUAUUAUUGAAUCGAUUAGAUAAUGUAUUCAAAUUACGUAACUUAUACUAUGUAUUUAAACAUAUUUAUGAAUGUUUAUGCAACAAAAUAUGGUACCUAUUGCUGUCAAAUAGGGUUGAUGUUUGAAAUAUUAUUUAAAAAAAUAUUAUAACAUUUGAUAUAAAUCAAAUAAAUUAUUUUAAGACGGUUAUUUCGUUUUUUAAAAUAUUGCACUUAAAAUUUUUAAGUUGGUCUUCAAAAUUCCGUUGUAAACACAUUUUACUAUUUUACAGCUUUUGGUGUUUACUGGCUUCUGAAUUGGUAUACGUAUUGCAAGUAUUUAUAAUUGCUUAUUACAUUUGUAUAGAUAAACGCACAUAUGAGCGGUCGGCAAAAGUGGAGAAGUUUUCUAGACCCAAAAAUAAUUGCUUGGAUUAAUUUCAUGUCUUGGAGUAGCGUCAGAAUAAUAAACCAGCCGUGAAAAUACUAUUUUCACGAUUUUCUAAUAAUUAAGGGCCGUGUCAAUAAAUUCAUCUCAAAUUUGAGUAGGAUCUUAAAUAGACAUUGAAGGUGUUAGAGUGACACUUAAGCUGUCAUUUAAGCACCUGUCAGUCGGCGCAGUUUAAUAAAUAAAACUCAGCUGCCAAAUGAUGUUGAGAUGUUGUUGAUAUCUGUUUAUUAAAUACCGACGAUACUAAGAUGAUGACUGUAACUUGACGUUACGGCUGAUAUCCCACUUCAGAGCGAUACUGAGUAGCAUCUAUAUUGCCCUAAGUUUAGUAUAAUAUUAAAUAGUCCGGUAUUUGUUUUUAAUUUGUCCCCAUCCUUAAAUGUCUGCUCCCUUUUCAAGACAAAUUCUAAAUCUUAAUUUUGUAUAUUCAACGCAUUUUUUAGAUACGUGCCGAUACCUAAACUCCAUGGCUAAGAUGAAAUUAAGCUAACUUAGAACACGAAAGACCGUCUCAUUAAUUCUGUUACGAAUUGUCGUAAGCCAAAAUUAUCUCCAUCGGUGAGAGUCCAAUGUUAUAUUCGAGCCAUUAUAUGAGUCAUUAUGUUACGCGUAUAUUAACAUAGUUUAUUGAUAAAUAAAUAAAUAAUUUAAAGUAAGUUCUUAAUGUUCAUUUAA